GUUCCUGCCCCUCUAGGGUUGGUGUGGACUCCGCGGACGGAUCCUCGGCAGGGCUGAAGGGGCGAGUUCGAUACUGUGGUACUUGGUGGGUUCCCUGAGAGAAACUGGUAUUUUCUGCUCCAUCGGGCGGGGAGAAAGAAAACCGCCGCCAUUGCCCUCCCCACGCUCAACGGAGCCUUUGGUAGCCUUUCAGUUGACAAGAGCGCCUUUCUGUUCUUCCGCCUUACUUUUGGUGUGAUCGAGGCUGGCAAACAGUGACUUGUCCAAGGCUCUCGGGGAGUUGUGUGUCAGAGGCUGACCCUAAUGCCUGACCACACUGAUGUCAGCCUCCCCCCAGAGGACCGAGUUAGGGGUCUUAUCCAGAUGGGGAGCUGUGUGGACGUGAAUGAAGAUGUCCCACCACGGAGGUACUAUCGCUCUGGCAUCGAAAUGAUCCGAAUGGCAACUAUCUAUUCUGAGGAAGGCAACAUCGAAAGUGCUUUUAUAUUGUACAACAAAUACAUCACGCUUUUUAUAGAGAAAAUCCCAAAGCAUCGUGAUUACAAAACUGCUGUCAUCCCAGAGAAAAGAGACACAGUGAAAAAACUAAAAGAAGUUGCAUUUCCUAGAGCCGAGGAGCUGAAGAAGGAACUUUUAGAAAAAUAUAACAAAGAAUAUGCAGAAUAUAACGUGCGGAAGAAGAAGCAGGAGGAGGAGUUUGCGCGCAGCCUGGCUCUGCAGCAGCAGCUGGAGGGGGAGAGGCAAAGGGUGGCUCUGAUGAAGCAGCAACAGGCAGAACAGGAACAGUUUCAUGCCUUCGAGGAGAUGAUCCGGCGCCAGGAGUUGGAGAAAGAGCGCCUGAAAAUCCUGCAGCAGUUUGGAAAGCCAGAUCUGGUCCCAGGCUCCUUGGAGGGCCCGUUGGUACCUGGUGUCACACCCCCAACUGAUGCAAAGACUCCCUGUCCCCCUGUACAGCCUUCAAGCCCUGGUGGAGGAGCUGUGGUGCCAAAGCCCCCCAUUGUGGACAGGUCUCUGAAACCUGGAGCUUUGGGAACCUCAGAAAACAACGCAACUAUAGAAGGACUUCGGCACAUUAUUGUUCCCAGGGAUCUCUGCCACAAGUUUCUCCAGCUAGCUGAUGCAAACACUGCAAGAGGUGUGGAAACCUGCGGGAUCCUUUGCGGGAAGCUGAUGAGGAAUGAAUUCACAAUAACCCACGUCAUUAUCCCCAAGCAGCAUGGGGGUCCCGACUAUUGCAACACUGAGAAUGAAGAAGAGCUCUUCCUAAUCCAGGAUCAAUAUGGCCUUAUCACUCUGGGAUGGAUCCAUACUCAUCCUACCCAAACAGCUUUCCUGUCCAGCGUGGAUCUGCAUACACACUGCUCCUAUCAAAUGAUGCUGCCAGAGUCCAUCGCUAUUGUUUGUUCUCCAAAAUACCAAGAGACGGGAUUCUUUAAAUUGACAGACCAUGGCAUGGAAGAGAUCUCUUCAUGUAGACAAAAAGGAUUCCAUCCCCACAGCAAAGAUCCCCCUCUCUUUACUACCUGCAACCAUGUGACUGUCAUGGAACGGGAAGUGACAGUCCUAGACCUUCGAUAAAAAAAAGAUGCCUCUUGCCUUUGUCAUCAGCUCAAUGUCCUCCUCCUAAUUUAUGGAAGAUAUUCCUCCAGUAACUUAUGGUUCCCUCUAUGCAGUGAUUCCCAUUACUUGUAAUACCACCUGUUAAUAAGUCAGGAAUUUUGCAGCUUC